AUGGAUGCCGACGGUGCACGAGGACGAGACGAACGCGACGCAAUCUACAAGCACGCAGAAACCCUCUCAAAGAUGAUGGUCCUUCAGGUCCGGACAGCGGAGGAGGUAAGCAAUGCCUCGUUCAAGGAAACCACAGCCCCGUCGGACUGGAUCCACUAUCAUGGACACGCACUGUUCAACAAGCGCGACGUCCUUCGAUCAUGCCUUGUCCUGGCCAGAGCUCUGGAAGAAGCGCAAGCCUUGGCGGACACAACACAUCUAUCUGCCACCGAAGCCUCAAACGCCAGCAAGAAUCUCACCGUUUCCGCUCCACAUGCGACGACGGUCGUUGCCUGCGACUCCGGCACCCAAGUCAUUGCGGUCCGGGAUGAGCCUCUUGGGAUCAUUCCAGCACUACUUUAUGCUGGAGCAACAUCCGUCAUUGGAACGCUCUGGCCGGUCGAGAGUGCCGCUGCGCAGCGAUUUAGCGAAUCAUUCUAUUCAAAUCUGCCGACGCAGAUUGAGGCUAAGCCAGACGAAAGUGAUGGUGCUGAACCUGGCGCAGGCGCUUCGAAGCACCAUCUGUAA